GUGAGCCACUGGGACGUGAGUAAGCGCUCGUUCGGAUGCCGCGCUGUUUGUCCUAUUUAACAACUUUUACUUAUUUUUAAAUCCGUGAUUGCAACAUAAGGCUGUUAUAAGUCUGAAGGAUAUUUGCAACAUAUCCCAAGCUGAGCCCAUGCUUUGUUAAUAUUUACUCAAGAGACUAUUGUUUGGAGCGUUAUUGUAUUGAACUUGGUCCAUUGUUGUUGACCAAGAGGAGCUCAACUUGGCAUUGGGGCUCCUUGGAUCCAAAAGGAGGAACCACAAAGUGGAUAAUUUUUAGAUCACCAAUGUCCCAUGCCCAGCACUGAUUAUUCAUGUCAGUUUCCAUAUGCUUUAGGCUGGACACCGAUGUGCUUCAUGAGGAUUAAAAUAGCCAUGUGUCCUUGUUUCUUGGAGUUUUCAUCCUGAACAUUGUCCUGGAUCUACACAGUUUGUGAAAAGGGCAUCCUACAUCUUGGUGACAAAAGACUUGGAUUUUGUUGGACUGUAUUUGAGAACAUCAUUAUGCCUAUUCUGAAGCAGCUUGUGUCCACGUCAUCACAGUCAAAGCGGCGAUCUCGAGCUGACCUCACUGCAGAGAUGAUCAGUGCGCCUCUGGGAGAUUUCCGGCACACUAUGCAUGUGGGUCGAGGAGGGGAUGCAUUUGGGGACACCUCUUUUCUGAGCACCCGCUCUGGGGAGCCACCACGGGAACCUGAGGUGCAACAGCACUCACCUAAACAGAGCCUCCUGUCUCGUACGUUCAGAAGCAGCAAGCGCUCCCAGUCUGUCAAUCAUGACAAGCCUGACAAAGACAAACUGGUGCCCCCUGGUAGCUCACCAAGUUACGUAAAGAAUGCAAUCUCGCUGCCUUAUUUGAAUGACUAUGAUGCAGGACAAGGCCGAAUCCACCUUCCCAAGAGCGUGUCCUCGAGUCCUUUAAAGAACUUUGCGGAAGCCGAUGGCAAGCCACUUAACAGAGCUGUGGCGCACACUGCAUCAGACUUGGAGCUUGAGGAGCGGAAUUUCGGUGAGCUGACUGACUUGCGUCCAACUGUUCCAUACACCGGAGGCAUGAAACAUGCUGAGUCUAUCAUGUCCUUCCAUGUCGAUCUUGGGCCCUCCAUGUUGGGGGACAUCCUGAGCGUGAUGGACAAGAAAGGCUGGGAUGAUGACGAUCUCGGAUUCGAAGAGGGAAAAAGUAGCGAGGGACGCAGUUCGCCACCCCAGAGCCCUCCCAACGAGGUUGAGGAAGACGAGGCCCUUCCUCCAAUCCGACCUCCACGGCAGAGGCUCAGCACCAAUCCUUACACUCCAGAGCUCCAUACCAGGAAUCAUCAGCACAUGGACAGCUGUUCUGUCUCCAGUUCAGGCUCCACUGUCCUUGAAGAAAAGCACCAUAACCAAUUGGACGGGAACAUGGACAACAUAAAGUACAGCUCACCCAGAGUGCAUGAUGACAGGGACUUCACCUACAUGGAUGAUGAUGAUGAUGAUGAUGAGAUUAGGGUGUAAAGUAAACCUCCCGGUGCCAGAAUGUUUUUUUUUAAGGACAUAAAAAAGGGUUGGAGGUGGGUUAUGCUCCAUUGUUGGAUGUUCAGGCUAGCACACAGACAUGGAUGACUGUUUAUAGUGUAGAGAUGAAAGGGAAAAUGUGUGUUUUAGCCCUAUCUAGCCAACAAUUCUCAGUAUGCUUUUUUUCACUACAAAUCCUUGUUCAGGUAUGCAAACCCUCUCUUUUACUAGAGACUUUAUCGAGAGUGGAGUGUUUGUGUGAUUGUGUUUGCCAUGGGUACAGUAGGUAACUCCAUUUCAGAAUGGUAAUUUACAGUCCCGUGAGUAUCAUUAAUUAAUUCCAGUGUUGACCACUGAGAGUGCUAAUACAAGUGUUUUUUGUGGAACCAAACUUCAUAUUCUUCCAUGAUCAUUGGAUUUAACUUGCCUAUGCAUUCCAAAUGCUUCCAAACAAACACCCAACAGUCUUAAGAUUCCUGUUUGUUUUUUGUUUUUUUUGUCCUCAAGGAUUCCAUCAUUAAGUCUUGUACUCAAAACCAAAAUGAUGUAAAGGAUUAUAUGAAUAGUUAACCUAAAAAUGAACUUCUCAGCCUCACAUAAUUCCAAAACUGUUUGACUUCCUUUCUUAUGCUGAAUUUGAAAGAAGUUUUAAAUAAUAUCUCUGUUUGUCUUUCUAAUACUGGCAGAAGAUAGUGCCUCAUUUUAAAGCUUAAAUAGGACACCAAAACCCAUUGAAUGCUUAAAAAGAUUUGGAAUAUCAUGAAUGAGUCGCAUUGUCUACUUUUAUUAUAGUGUUGGGUCCUUUUUAAGCUUUAAAGUGAGACUAUCUACUGCCAUUUUACUGAUAACAUGGAAAGUGAUAUUCAUUAAAACAUCUUCUUUUGGGUUCUGCAGAAAGAAAGUCAUUCUUUUAAAAUGAUAUGAGGAUAAUCAAAUGAUGACUUAAAUGUUUUCGAAGUCCAAUAUGGAGGUUCAGAACACUUAGUGUGGCCAUAUCUACACUGAUCAAUUUAAGUUUUAAACCUCCACUUUCAGUUUUCUAAUAGUUUCCAAAGUGUGUGUUUAUGGAGAGCGUUUUUGAAAGUCUUCACUGGAGGAAAACACCAUUCUAGUGUGUAUGAACAAAAAUGAAUGGCAUAAAUGUAGCAAAAUCAAUGCAUUUUUAAGCAAAAACAGAUUAGUGUGGAUGUGGCCUUAAUUUCUGGCAUUUGUUACCUUUUUUCAUGUUGGGAGUUGUUUAUUUUAGAUCUGGACCUUGUCAUGUGCUUUGUGCAUGUUAAAGGAUUUCUUGUCAGGUCACAUGAAAUUCUCAAUCAUGUACACAUGUAGAGGUUCAGAUAAGAGAUGAGAAACUGAAACCACUGUGACGAUGCAUUACUUGACAGCAGCAGAAUCAGUCUGCGGUUGAGUGGCUGGUGUUGAACCAAUGACUUGUUGUCAGUUUUUUCUUCAAGUGUAAAUUAAAAAGAUUGAUGUCAAGAGGGCUAUGCAGAAGUAUAUUUUUAAUUCGUGUCAUAUUGGAUCAGAUAGAAAAAGAUAAGACAUCUCUUAUAUUCAGGGUCUAGUAUACUGCCUAGAACUUCAAACAGUGCUCAUCUGCUCUGAGGGGUUUUCAUCUCUGAAUCUUGUAAUUAUUUCUAUGUAUUCCUGCAUUUAGGUUUUAAAGAGAGCUCGACACCCUCUGAUGAGACUUUACAUGUAAAACCAAUAGCCACUUAGAGAGUUAGUGCUUUGAUUUUUUUGCAUCAGUUAAACUUAGACAAAAAAGCAAUUUCUUAAUAUUUACUCCUUUUGGAAGUCUUUAAGAAUUUAAUAGAAUAAACAUGUUUUUCCGUAAAGGUGAAGAUGGUCUAAUUUCUGCACCACUAGUGGCACCUAAUGGAAUUGCAGUCUAAAUGGAUUGCACAUAUUGGCUCAACCAAUAGCUUGAGUUUGAUUUGAAAACAGUUAUUUAUGCUAUUUUAUUUAGUGCCGCUUGUGAUGCACAAAUUACACUUCAAAGGUCCUCUAUAAUGAGACCUUUAUAUAUUAAUAAGAAAAAUAGAUGCUAACAGUAUCCAAGUUUGCCCUAGUACUGACAAGAUACAGUAGCACUCCAAUAGACUUUACUUUACAAUGAAAAACAUCAAACAAUCCGUAUUAACAGUUAGUGGUGUUUUUCAAUCACACAAAAUCCUUUCAAGUUACUUACAGAUUUGGAGAGAUCAUUUAAAAGCUUUCCACUUUUGAUAUGUACAUUAUGUUUAGUUAUUCAUUUACUGUACACUUGCUAUUUUUUUAAUUAAUGUUAUAGUUUAGUGAACUGUGUCGGUCCUGUAAUCUGAUAUUACAAGCACAUUAAGAACCGAGGAGACCAGUAUUUUCUAGAAUUAUUUGUAUUUUUUGUAUACACUGCUGGUUUCUAUAGUACAGACUCUUAAUUGGUGUUUUACCUAAGCAUGGUGGUCCUGGUUAAGUUUUGCACCACCUUUAGCUCUCAAAGGCUAGAACUAAUCCUCCACUUCCUUUCAUAUAUCAUCUGUGUCAGUGUUUUUCAUUGGUUUGUGUAAAAAGCAUGACACUCUGAACAGAAAGACCAGUAAAGUAUGAUUGAGAAGAAAAAAAUCAAGAUGAUGAUUUAAAUGCUGACUUCUCAUUUUCUACUGUGAUUUCAAGUUGGGUAUAGUAUGGUUUGGAAAAGGGCUUUGCCAAUGAUGUACAAGGAACUCGUGUUGCCUUAUAUUUGGCUGAAAUGCUGCAUUAUGUCAUUUUGUUUGCUAGCACAAACAGGGAUAAGCAAAUGUGCCAAUUUCGCAUGUUUCUUUAAUUGAAUAAAGAAGCUGUCUCGGUGAUAUCAUGCUGCAUGUUAAGCGUUUGAAGAAGGACAUAUGUCUGGAACUGAAUAUGAGACUGAAAAUGAGCUGGAUUCUGGACUACAGCAGGGUUUUUAGAGCUCUGUUGUUCCCUCUACAGUUUUUUUGAAUGGUAGUUUACUUUCAGGCCAUUAAAAGUACCCAAGUCAAUGCUUACAGGGACAUUUAUAUAUGAUGACAUGGGGGUUUCUAUUGCUUCUUUGCCUGAUUAUUGUAGGACCACAAGUGUUAAAAAAAUGUAUAACUCUAAAUCUUUAGAUAACAUGAACAAUAGAACACCAGUUUAAAGCUCCUACAGAAAAUGGUUGAAAUCACACUAAAGCUGUAAUUAACAAUAUCAAAGUAUCUCUUUAAUUUCUACGUUUUUCCUGUUUUUCUUUUGUCACUUUGUCUUUAUUAUUCUGUAUUGAUAUACUAUGUACAGUAUAUACAAUGGCCUUGCUUUAGUUCCACCUGCAAAAUAACAGUUACUGUAUAUUUUUCAAUAAAAGUAAAAGCUGUUAAACAUCACCAGAGGAUUUGUACUGGUGUUCAGGGUUGUCAUAACCAUUUUGUUUGUUUGUGUUGUAGAUCACCAGUGUUGAUUUAUGUAGGUAAUGUAGGCAAGGCUAAAUAGGUAUAGAUUUAGUAACUAGUUUCUAUGGAAGUGUAGAAAUAUGGACAGUACAACUCUGUCAUGAGUGCACUGUGCCAAACAUUUGGUUCCUCCAUUCCUAAUUUAAUGCAUAUAUUCUCAAUUAUCUUUUUUACUUAAAUUUUUUAAAUGCUAAAUUGUGAGUCCUCCUGUUCACUGUGUUCUUUUCAUCACUUAUUCCAGCAAAAAUGUAAUAGCCAAACAUCAAUGCAAUCAAUGUGACUGUCCCCUAGAGUCAGGCCCGGUUGCAAUCUAAAUUCUGGACAAUAAGCUUUAGGAUUUGGACUGGUCAUAGUUUUUUCAUGUUCUAGGGUCUAGAUUAGAAAGUUAAAAAUUCUGACCAAUGCUAAGUCUAGAAUCUGGGCAAAUAGCAUAAUUGUGUUCCUGCUGCUACCUUGUGGUCAUUUUCCAUUCCAACUAGCUGCAGUUAACUGCGGCAAUCUACAGUUACUGUAAUAUCGGUGAGAAAAUCUCCAUCUUCACUUCCUUCAAAAAUGUAUUAGUAGGCUGUAUGUUGAAAUUAACAUUAACUAGAGUUAAUAAAUGGGUAGCACUUUAAAUAAUGUUAACAAAUGCGGUCUUAUUUUAAUGUCUUACUUGACAUUAGGUAAUGCAUCAGUUAACAUGAACUAACAAUGAACAACACU